AUGUCUAUUUGGGAAUUUUUUGUUUGGAUUGGAGCUCUGAUAAUUGUGUAUCAGAUGAUUAUGUGGGUGUACUCAAGCUAUUUUUGCAAAAUCAACGUUGAUAAGUACAAGUACGGAUGAGUCGCAAUCACAGGGGCUUCAGAUGGGAUUGGAAAAGGGCUUGCCUUAGAAUUUUCUCAACGAGGCUUCAAAGUACUCUUGAUUUCCCGCAAUCCAGAAAAGCUAGCAGCAGUCACAAAAGAAAUUUCCGAAAUCACUAAAAAUCCAGACCUCAAAUACCUCGCAAUUGAUUUCAAAUACUCUCACAGAGACCCUGAAAACUUCUACAAGCAAGUCAUAGCCGACCUGAGCUCCUACAACAUCUCAGUUUUAAUCAACAAUGUAGGCUUUGGAGGGAAGCCACAGUUUUUAAUCAAUCAAGAUUUAUCUGAAAUAGAAGAGAUUAUUGGGGUCAAUGUUUACCCACAAACAAUGCUUUCUUACCAUCUGAUACCUGUAUUUUUGAGACGGUAUGAGGAAACUCAUCAGAAGAGCUUGAUCAUGAACUUUUCUUCGUCAAUUGAAGAAAUGGCUUUACCUUCUUUUGCUAUGUAUUCUUCUACGAAGAAGUUUGACCACUUUUUGAGUGAAGCAAUAAGGUAUGAGUACCGCCAUGCAAUUGAUGUUGCGACGGUGAAGCCAGGGCUCGUGAGCAGCAAUAUGUCGAAAUCACAUGGCUUAGGUGAUUCAGCUGGGGCUUUGAGUGUUGAAACCUAUGCUAAAAGCUUAAUCAAAAACUUGCAUACAGGAAUCAACUAUGGGCACUGCUCCCACAGUAUACAAUCUUAUUUUGUCAGAAGCAUUCCUUACCUACUAUUUUCCAAGCUUCUUCAAUUGUUAUUACCACUGCUAGUUAGGCUGAAAAUUAUCAGAGUGGAUUAA